AUGUCAGGUGGAGGUUCUUUCAGUCCCCUUGCUAUGAUCCUCAAGGAUUCUAAGCUGGAUGGGGGUAAUUAUGUUGACUGGAAGAGGAAGUUGAACAUAGUACUCACAGCUGAAGGGUACAAGUAUGUUCUGACUGACCCCUGUCCUGUAAUUGGGAGAGACUCCACUGACGAGGAGCGCCAGGCAGAGGCAGAAUGGAAGAAUGCUGACGAGAUGGCACGAUGCUACAUGUUGGCUUCCAUGUCCGAUGUGCUUCAAUCGAAGCAUGAGCAUACGCCCACUGCUUAUGAUAUUGAUCUGUCGUUGCGCACCAUGUUCGCUGAUAAGAGCCGGCCCGCGAGGCAGGAAGCUCUUAAGGCGAUUAUGACUACCAGGAUGGCUGAGGAGGCAUCAGUUCGAGAGCACAUGCUCAAGAUGAUUGCUUACUUCGAGGAAGCUGAGGUCUUGGGAGCGACGAUAGAUGCUGAGAGUCAGGUAGACAUGGUCUUGGAGACUUUGCCAGAUUCAUACUCGCAGUUCAAAUUGAACUAUAACAUGAAUAAGUUAGAGAUGAAUCUAGUAGAGCUCAUGAAAGAGCUCCAGGCGGCAGAGAAGAUCAUGAAGCCUACCUCGAAGGCUCUAGCUAUUCAUUCUACAUCUUCUCCUAGAGUUGGCCCUAAAGCCAAGAACUUCAAGAAGAAGAAGGGUCAGAACAAAGCAGGGGGCAAGCCCAGAACGCCCGGAGCUAGUCAGGCCGAUGCCAAGCCCAAAGUUAAGAUUUGCAGCUAUGGUAAGGAGAUGAUUGAUGACAUGGCCGAUGGGUUCAGCGAGUUGUUUGGGUACAUGCGCUUUCGUGGGGAUUCAGGACAUGUUCUUAGUCAUGGCUAG